GCAAAGCUUUUUAGGAAGAAUCACAUGAGCUCAGUUCUGGCUGUCAGGCUGAACGGCUGGAUGGUUUUCUUCAUUGGAACGACAGACGGACAGCUCAUCAAGCUUGCAGUAGACAGGAACUAUCAGCCCGCCUGUCCAAAGAUCCUCUACAGAACCAAUGGAGACAACAGAGUGUUUCCUAAAAUCCAUCUGGAUCCCGUGGAUCAGAAACAUGUGUAUGUGGCGUUUAAAAACCAGGUGAAGCAUGUUUCGGUGUCAAACUGCGGCGCUCACCAAAAUGUAAAGGAUUGUCUUUCUGCACAGGAUCCAUUCUGUGUCUGGUGUUUGACUGAAGGAAGAUGUAAAUUUGAAGGAGACUGCAAAGAUGGAGAGUGGUUUUCCAUCCCUGAUGAAUCCAAGCAGAAGAUAGUUUCUCACAUAGUUAUGCAGGACUCCACAGGAGCGAUCAAACUAAUCAUUCAGACACAUCUGACCCUGAAGCAGACGGUUCAGUCUACAUUCGCCUGUCACUUCUCAUCCUCCAUCCAACUUUGUAAAGAAACUGGACCACCACCACAGUACCCACGAUGCACCUGCAUUCUAAAGGACUUUCUUCCAACCGAUGAACUUGAUGUCAAUCUAAAGAUCAGACUUGGAGGAACAAUCCUGGCAGACCAAAUAAAGAUAUCCAACUGCUUAAGUAUCACUGGGGAAGCAAGUUUUCACCUGUGUCAGCGAUGUAUCAGAGCCGGCUGUGGAUGGAGACAGAACCGCUGCUCCUGGGGCAGUGAUCCAAUCCAGAAGGAAAGCAUUUGUGAAAACAUGGAGUUUAGGAAAAACUUUUUUAAACCAGAGAUCUUCUCCAUUUCUCCCAGCUUUGUGUCUUUCUAUGGCAGAAAUCAUGUUGUGCUGUCAGGUCAUAACCUCAGAGAUGUGACCAGAGUCAGGAUUCAGGACAACAUGGGCUGUGAUACAAAGGAAUCUCCUGUGUUGAGCAACAAUGGAUCCAGUCUGACGUUCCACAUUCCCAGUACAGAAAAGAAAGGCAUGUUCAAAGUCUGUGUCCUACUACCGGAUGGAAGCUGUCACGGCCAUCUUACAAUUACGUAUCAGUCAUCACCAAUCUGCAGAGAUAUUGUACCACCAAGCACCUGGAGGAGUGGGAAGAGGAUGGUCACCCUUAUUGGGACGAACUUACACUUGGUGGAGGGGAUCACACACAAUUACACCCAGCAGAAAGUCAUACCUUUAAGGAGAAGCAACUUUCAGAGUCUCAUUUAUGAAACUCCUGCAGAAACAAAUGCUGGGAUGUUACGUAGCCCCGUGUUUCUGAAAGUAGCCAAUCAGUCAUUGAAAUGUAAAAAAGAAAUAAUUUACUAUCCUGACCCAAAGUUCACCAGCUACACAGCUGUGAGGGAAGGCAAGGAUAUCCGCAUCACUAUCCAAAAAGAGCCAGAUAAGCUGGAGAUGAAACCAGAAGAGUUGGAGGUUUGGGUGAUUCAAGGUGAAAAGCAACACCAGUGCAUCGAAAUAUCCAAAAAAAGCAGCAAUGAGACAGAAAGUUUCAUCUGUGAGAUGGAAGGACUGCAGAACUUUAACCAGAUAAAGAUCCGGUAUGGAGGCAAAACAAUAAACCUGUGGGAGUUGUCUUUUUUACAUCAAAUCCUUCUGAUCAUUCGGCUCUUGCUAAUACCCUGCAUUAUUGCUGUUCUGGUGAAAAUUUGCUGGUGGAAUAAGAGAUUCACUGCUGAAACAAACCAUCUCUGAUCACCUGACUUUUUCAGGAAGUAAAAUUUCAGUAAAGCGAGUAUUUUCUGUGUUUAUCC